AUGGAGAAGCUUGAACGUUUCUUGUCGCGACCGACGGCGAAGCCAUACAAGACGAGCGACAUCGAGGCCUCCGAAGAAAUCCACCUCAAUGACGAAGGCCUUCUUGAGUUUGGCCCCAAUGACAUCGAGAACCCCAAGAACUGGUCGACUGCACGAAGAUGGUACAUUACCGUGGUCUCGGUCAUCCUGGUUGUGAACGCCACGUUCGCGUCCUCCAGUCCAUCUGGCACGUUGGAGUCUCUCUCGACUGACCUGCAUGUCUCCACCGAGGCUGCCGGUCUCGUCAUCACUCUAUUCCUUCUGGGUUACUGUGCCGGUCCCCUAGUUUUUGCUCCGCUUUCGGAAUUCUUCGGUCGCAGGUACAUCUUCUACGUCACAUUUACUCUGUAUCUGGCUUUCAACUUCCUCUGCGCCUUCACGCCGAACUUUGGUGGGCUUUUGGUAGGCCGCUUCUUGACGGGUACGUUUGCAAGUGCUCCUCUCUCCAAUGCGCCAGGCGUGUUGGCAGAUAUCUGGGGACCUCUCGAACGCGGAAAUGCGAUGGCUGCCUUCUCCAUGAUGACCUUUGUCGGUCCAGCACUUGGACCUGUUAUAUCGGGCUUUUUGGAAUUGAAGAAGGAUUGGCGAUGGUGCUUCUACGUGCUUCUCUGGUUGGGCGGCGUCACCGAGCUGCUGAUGUUUACGAUUCCUGAGACAUUGCCUACGAUUGUGCUGCGCAAUAAAGCCAAGCGCAUAAGAGCGUUGAAGAUUUCUGGGUAUGAAGAUGUCAAGGCUCCAGUAGAGACUACAGACAGGACCCUUGCAGGCAUGUUCCGUGUUUCUCUUACUCGACCUUGGAAAAUCCUCGUCGAUCCGAUUUCGUUCGCCGUCGCCGUCUACCUCGCGGUCGUAUACGCCCUGCUGUACAUGCUCUUCACCAUCUACCCCAUCGUCUUCCAACAACGAAGAGGCUGGAACUCGGGCGUUGGCGAGUUGCCGCUCCUUGGGACUGCCAUUGGUGCUGUCAUCGGCGGUGCCAUCAUCUUUGCAAACACAGCCAGGGAUAAGAAGAAGGCGCAAUUGGGCCACAAGGGCGUUCCGGAAGACCGUCUCCCCGUGGCUAUGCUUGGCGGCGUCAUGUUUCCCGUUACCAUGUUCUGGUUCGCCUGGUCUGGCGAAUAUAACAGCGUGCACUGGAUCGUUCCUACCCUCGCUGGUGUUUUCCUCUCCACGUCCAUCCUGCUCAUCUUCGUCGCGUAUCUCAAUUAUCUCACAGACACGUACCUCAUGUAUGCUGCGAGCGCGUUGGCAGCCAACACGGUUGUGCGCUCGGCUGCAGGGGCUGCUGCGCCUCUCUUCACACAGUACAUGUUUGAUGCUCUUGGUGUGGGCGGUGGCGGAUCGCUCAUUGCUGGCGUGGCUUGUCUGCUUGCGCCUAUUCCGUUUGUUUUUUACAAGUAUGGUGGGCCGAUUAGGGAACGGUCGAAGUUUGCGCCUACUCCUGCUAAAAGCGAAGAGCCGAAUGCGUCAAAGUCGUAG